UGGAACUUGUGUGUGAGAGAGAGAGAGAGCACACAAGCUGUGCGUAAAAGUAGCCGCCGGCCACCAUACGUGCAUGUAAAAGUGAAGUGCAGUGUAACAGAUUAACAACACAUUUGAUUGGUUUAAAACCCGCAUGCCCAAUACUCUAAAAACUAACAGGGGUCAUUGAGAUUUGUGGAGUUGUUGAAGCGCGCUAUAAAUCUGAGCGCCUCACGGGACAAUCCUCUAGAUUAGCGGUUGACGCACAGGAUGGAUUUGGUAGAUAGCAACCUGAUACUGUACGGUACCGUACUGGUCGGUAUACAGGGACGGGAUGAUCUACAAUGGACGAAUGAAAUGCUUUAAAUGUAACGUAUCGAUGGAUUUCGCUACUCUUCCAUUAUCAAAUGAGUCCGUUGUUAUUAGGAUAGAAUGUGUGUAGUCCUAACGGUUAAAUAGACUAGAUGAGCUAUGACUGGAGAGCUAAAUACGGAAAAUGAAGAGACCCAACGGAAUGGUGGCAGAUUUGGUGCGUUACAACACUGUCUUGUGGGACGUUUGUGAUGGAGCCGUUUUACUUUCUCACUAAAACAAGCAGAUGUAAGAAUGCGUAACAGUACUUUAAUGGUUGGAAGUAAUGUCUAAACAUUUUGGCUAAAUAUUAAUGUAUUUUCGGGUUCUGCUUGCUCACUAACAUCAGAUAACAAUCUCAGGUAUGCAAGCGUAGACUACAUUUAGCUGGCAUGCCAAGUGUGUGAAUAGGAGGAACUUUAAAAUAUCUAUCCCGCCAUUGUGCCCUUGGGUAGGGCGCUUAACCUAUGACCUGCUCCAUAGCCGCUGUACGGCCACUGCCCGACCCGUGCCUCUCUCAACGUGUGUUUCUACACCGAGGAGGAUUUGGAAAGGCAGAAGACAACUUUCCUUUUGAAGUUUCACCCAACAAUGGACGACACGAUUAUAUUCUACUCUGUUCUGUUGUCGUAGAACACCGCAGUUCAAAAUGAACGUGUUGAAAAUGAAGAAAACCGUAUUAAAAGAAGCGGUUAAACGCUUUCCGUGGCUAGCCAACGUUACUCUGUAUGGCUGCCUGUUUGCCGGCGGCGACUUCGUUCAUCAGAUGAUCGCACAAAGAGAAGAGAUGGACUGGAAACACACCAGAAAUGUUGCCAUAGUGGCCAUCAGUUUCCAUGGAAACUUUAACUAUUUCUGGUUGCGGGCUUUGGAAAGCCGUUUCCCGGGAAAAUCUCCCGGAAUGCUCUUCCGCAAACUACUCCUGGACCAAAGUUUUGCAUCACCCUUGGCAACGAGUGUCUUCUACACAGGAGUGAGUUUCUUGGAGAAUAAAGACGAUGUCUUCGAGGACUGGAGAGAAAAGUUCCUCAACACGUACAAGACUGGACUCAUGUACUGGCCUUUCAUGCAGUUCCUAAACUUCCUCCUGAUGCCUCUGUACCUGAGGACAGUCUUCAUGGGCUGCUGUGCGUUCCUGUGGGCCACCUUCCUGUGUUUCUCCCGGCAGAGCGGGGACGGUACGGCCAGCGUGGCCCUCGCCUUCGUCCUGUAUCCCAAACAGAGGCUGCAGGCCGCCCGGGAGGCCCACCUCGCACGCAGGAAACAGAAAGAAGAGGAAGAACAGCAGCGGAGCACUGACAACUAACUGAAUUGGUUCAAUGAGAUUGGAUUCAGGAAACAGGAAACAGAAGAGGACCUGCACUGACAACUGAACUGCUAAAAUGUUAUUUCAAAUGAAAUUUCAACAAAACGUUGGUAUAUCUCCCUGUCUCCAAGGGCAACAAGACAAGGAACGAGGGCGUGGUUAGAGGGUGAGAACACAAUGUCAUCAUGUGAGGCCAGGCCAGGCUCUUACAAAAAAACACAGAGAACUUAAUCAGUUGGGUUGAAUAUAACUUUAUUGAUAUCCUCAGGGGCAAGGAGGAGUGAAUAUAACUUUAUUGAUAUCCUCAGGGGCAAGGAUGAGUGAAUAUAACUUUAUUGAUAUCCUCAGGGGCAAGGAGGAGUGAAUAUAACUUUAUUGAUAUCCUCAGGGGCAAGGAGGAGCGAAUAUAACUUUAUUGAUAUCCCCAGAGGCAAGGAGGAGUGAAUAUAACUUGAUUGAAUAUAACUUUAUUGAUAUCCUCAGGGGCAAGGAGGAGGCAUUGUUGGAGCACAGUUAUAUAAUUUAAGCCUACUGUACAUAUACAAAUACAUUCAUCUAAUACUAUGCCAGCAACACAUACAGUGGGCCUAAUACCUCCCUCUAAUACUAUGCCAGCAACAUGUAACAGUGGGCCUAAUACCGCCAUCUAAUACUAUGCCAGCAACACGUACAGUGGACCUAAUACCUCCAUCUAAUACUAUGCCAGCAACAUGUACAGUGGGCCUAAUACCUCCAUCUAAUACUAUGCCAGCAACACGUAAAGUGGACCUAAUACCUCCAUCUAAUACUAUGCCAGCAACACGUACAGUGGGCCUACAUUACAAACGUUACAUCACUGAUUCAAUUCAACACAACUUUAUCAAUCCCGUCAAGGGCAACCCAGAAAGCACAGUCGGACACGGAACACAUUACUUCCAGACAUUCAGACUGUACAGGUGUAGAAGUGCAAUACAUUACGUGAAACAGAAGUUACUCUGAGACGCUUGAUACAUACAAACAACUCCAGGGGCCGUAGAUGUAAGACAAACAUGUUGGGUGGAUGAGAGAGGUGGUGUUAGAUGUUGUGAUUACAGGGAUGUUCCUCAGGGAGAGGUGGUGUUGUGAUUACAGGGAUGUUCCUCAGGGAGAGGUGGUGUUAGAUGUUGUGAUUACAGGGAUGUUCCUCAGGGAGAGGUGGUGUUGUGAUUACAGGGAUGUUCCUCAGGGAGAGGUGGUGUUGUGAUUACAGGGAUGUUCCUCAGGGAGAGGUGGUGUUGUGAUUACAGGGAUGUUCCUCAGGGAGAGGUGGUGUUGUGAUUACAGGGAUGUUCCUCAGGGAGAGGUGGUGUUGUGAUUACAGGGAUGUUCCUCAGGGAGAGGUGGUGUUGUGAUUACAGGGAUGUUCCUCAGGGAGAGGUGGUGUUGUGAUUACAGGGAUGUUCCUCAGGGAGAGGUGGUGUUGUGAUUACAGGGAUGUUCCUCAGGGAGAGGUGGUGUUAGAUGUUGUGAUUACAGGGAUGUUCCUCAGGGAGAGGUGGUGUCAGAUGUUGUGAUUACAGGGAUGUUCCUCAGGGAGAGGUGGUGUUGUGAUUACAGGGAUGUUCCUCAGGGAGAGGUGGUGUUAGAUGUUGUGAUUACAGGGAUGUUCCUCAGGGAGAGGUGGUGUUGUGAUUACAGGGAUGUUCCUCAGGGAGAGGUGGUGUUAGAUGUUGUGAUUACAGGGAUGUUCCUCAGGGAGAGGUGGUGUUGUGAUUACAGGGAUGUUCCUCAGGGAGAGGUGGUGUUAGAUGUUGUGAUUACAGGGAUGUUCCUCAGGGAGAGGUGGUGUUAGAUGUUGUGAUUACAGGGAUGUUCCUCAGGGAGAGGUGGUGUUGUGAUUACAGGGAUGUUCCUCAGGGAGAGGUGGUGUUGUGAUUACAGGGAUGUUCCUCAGGGAGAGGUGGUGUUGUGAUUACAGGGAUGUUCCUCAGGGAGAGGUGGUGUUAGAUGUUGUGAUUACAGGGAUGUUCCUCAGGGAGAGGUGGUGUUAGAUGAUGUGAUUACAGGGAUGUUCCUCAGGGAGAGGUGGUGUUAGAUAAUGUGAUUACAGGGAUGUUCCUCAGGGAGAGGUGGUGUUAGAUGUUGUGAUUACAGGGAUGUUCCUCAGGGAGAGGUGGUGUUGUGAUUACAGGGAUGUUCCUCAGGGAGAGGUGGUGUUAGAUAAUGUGAUUACAGGGUUGUUCCUCAGGGAGAGGUGGUGUUGUGAUUACAGGGAUGUUCCUCAGGGAGAGGUGGUGUUAGAUAAUGUGAUUACAGGGAUGUUCCUCAGGGAGAGGUGGUGUUAGAUGUUGUGAUUACAGGGAUGUUCCUCAGGGAGAGGUGGUGUUGUGAUUACAGGGAUGUUCCUCAGGGAGAGGUGGUGUUAGAUAAUGUGAUUACAGGGAUGUUCCUCAGGAAGAGGUGGUGUUAGAUGUUGUGAUUACAGGGAUGUUCCUCAGGGAGAGGUGGUGUUAGAUAAUGUGAUUACAGGGAUGUUCCUCAGGGAGAGGUGGUGUUAGAUAAUGUGAUUACAGGGAUGUUCCUCAGGGAGAGGUGGUGUUGUGAUUACAGGGAUGUUCCUCAGGAAGAGGUGGUGUUAGAUAAUGUGAUUACAGGGAUGUUCCUCAGGGAGAGGUGGUGUUAGAUAAUGUGAUUACAGGGAUGUUCCUCAGGGAGAGGUGGUGUUGUGAUUACAGGGAUGUUCCUCAGGGAGAGGUGGUGUCAGAUGUUGUGAUUACAGGGAUGUUCCUCAGGGAGAGGUGGUGUUAGAUAAUGUGAUUACAGGGAUGUUCCUCAGGGAGAGGUGGUGUUAGAUAAUGUGAUUACAGGGAUGUUCCUCAGGAAGAGGUGGUGUUAGAUGUUGUGUUUUGCAGAGAUGUUCUUCAGGGUGUGUAUUUGAUGUUCAUGUAUAUAUGUAAAAUGUGUUUAUUCUAUGCUCUCAAUUUCUAUGUCCCAUCGGUUGUGCCUUCUGUUGGUAACAAGAGCCCUUCAUGUUCUGGUCUAGAUUUAGUUAGUUCUUACUCAGAGAAACUGUGUGUGUUUUUGUGGCUUUUUGUGUGUGUGUGUGUGUGUGUAUGUAUAUAUAUAUAUUUAUACAGUACCAGUCAAAAGUUUGGACACGCCUAUUCAUUCAAGGAUUUUUCUUUAUUUUUACAAUUUCUACGUUGUAGAAUAAUAAUGUAGGCAUCAAAACUAUGAAAUAACACAUUUGGAAUCAUGUAGUAACCAAAAAAGUGUUAAACAAAUCUAAAUAUAUUUUUGAUUCUUCAAAGUAGCUACCCUUUGCCUUGAUGACAGCUUUGCACACUCUUGGCAUUCUCUCAACCAGCUUCACCUGGAAUGCUUUUCCUACUGUCUUGAAGGAGUUCCCACAUUUGCUGAGCACUUGUUGGCUACUUUCCUUCACUCUGCUGUCCAGCUCAUCCCAAUCCACCUCAAUUGGGUUGAGAUUGGAUGAUUGUGGAGGCCAGGUCAUCUGAUGCAGCACUCCAUCACUCUCCUUCUUGAUCAAAUAGCCCUUACACAGCCUGGAGGUGUGUUGGGUCAUUGUCCUGUUGAAAAACAAAUGAUAGUCCCACUAAGCGCAAACCAGAUGGGAUGGGGUAUCUAUGCAGAAUGCUGUGGUAGCCAUGCUGGUUAAGUGUGCCUUUAAAUCACUGUCUUUUCUCUUUGCUUAUUUGAGCUGUUCUUGCCAUAAUAUGGUCAUUUGCCAAACAGGGCUAUCUUCUGUAUACCACCCCCUACCUUGUCACAACACAACUGAUUGGCUCAAACGCAUUAAGAAGGAAAGAAAUUCCACAAAUUAGCUUUUAACAAGGCACACCUGUUAAUUGAAAUGCAUUCCAGGUGACUACCUCAUGAAGCUGGUUGAGAGAAUGCCAAGUGUGUUCAAAGCUGUCAUCAAGGCAAAGGGUGGCAACUUUGAAGAAUUUGUUUAAUUUGUUUAACACAACAUUGGUUACUACAUGAUUCCAUAUGUGUUAUUUCAUAGUUUUGAUGUCUUCACUAUUAUUCUACAAUGUAAAAAAUAGUAACAUUUAAAAAAAUCCGUAGAAUGAGUAGGUGUGUCCCAACUGUUGAAUGGUACUGCUCAAGUGUUGUAUAACUAGUCUUCCAGAUUGACCAUCGAAGGAUAAAGUGAUAUCCUGUCCUGUUACUUGAAUUGUCUAUAUAUUUUAUUUGAACCUACUAGGUUGCCAUCGACCCGGUUACCUUAUAACGUACAUAUAUCCAUGAACAAGAGGUGUACCAUUAGGGCUGCAAAAUACCCCAAAUUCCUAGGUUUUCCAGAAAUACCCAUUGGACGAUUCCCGGAUGUCCUCCUUAUUCCUUGCCAAUUCCAGUUUUUUGUUUUUCCAACCCUGGGAAUCUGGGAAAGUGUCAGGAAUUUUGCAUCCCAUCAAGGUACUGAAGAUCUGUAACAUUCUUUACUUAAGUCAAACCUUACUGUAGAAUUUUCCCAAAAUUCCCAGGAUUUCCACAAAUCCCGGUUGAAAUAUUCCUGGAAUCUGAAGGGUAUAAAGGAAGAAAUCCAGGGAUACUCUUACCUGGAUUUCUGUAAAUGUUGUUCAACCCUACUGUAUAAUCUACUUAAGUAGUGUUAAUAUUACAAAUACUCAACAUUCGCUACCUGUGUUCACUGUUUCAUAGAAGAGUUGUGUUAUGACAUACGUUGAAUGAAUAGAUAGAAAUAAAAUCCAAGGUCAAGUCAUA